CUGAAUGUGAUGAUCAGUCAGUGUUUGUCCUGUAGGUGUCGCUGUGUGUGUGAGUAACGCCAGUAAAGCUGCUCAUUACUGAUAAAGAGCUGAAGAAUGAGGAAGUCACUAAAGCAGACUGAUGUAGAGACACACACACUCAUCAUUCAGCAUCAACAACACACUCAACUCAAGUCACAAUGAAGAUCCUCCUCAUCUUUAUCUUGACUCUACAGCUGAUCUCAGGUCAGAUUUCUUCUCUUUCAGCCACUGGAUACUCUGGAGGAAGCCUGAUGCUGGACUCUGGGAAACUCUGGGUCAGUGACUCUGCUAAAUAUCUGGCCAAAUUACCAGACUGGAGGACAAUAAUCAAUGACACUAAACAUGAGAGAUGGAUUAAUGAAGGAAGAUUCACUCUGUUUAAAAACAAUGAUGGAAACCUCAUGAUCUUCAUCAGAGAUCUGAACACAGAUGAUGCUGGAAGAUACGCAGUUGAUGUUGAACAGGGGAAGCGUUUAUAUAUGAUACUCAAUGUGGAAGAAGACUCAUGCUGUAAUAUGUCCAAGAGAGUGACGGUGAACAGUGGAGAAACUGCUGUCUUCAGCUGUGAAUAUUCACACAAUCAGAUUAACCAUGCAAAAGUCAUAUUGAAGCCAGAAAGAGACUCCAUUGAGAUGAUUUACAGCACAUUAAAUAAGCAAGACAGAUUCAGUAUUUCUGAUGACAGACAGAGAAACUCAUUCAGUGUGAGCAUUACUGCAGUGACAGCAGGUGAUGGAGGAGUUUACUUAUGUGGAGUUUGGGUCAACAAGCACUCGUACAGUUACUACAUUACUAAUACUGUACAUCUGCAGAUUAUGGGACAGGAGAAACAAAGCGAUGCUGCAGUUCACACACCGUUACCCACAACCCCCUCUGAUGAAACAAUCGUCAUUUUCCAGAAGCACGCAGAGACUCUCAGAGUAGCUGCAGACGCCUUCAUGACAGACGAGGUUUACUCUGAUUACACCAUGGUCAUUUACUACACUGAACUGAACUAG